AUGGGAAGAUCUGCUCCAAAGAAGCUAUAUGUUGUUGUGCCCGAGGCUCCACUAGACAAUGUGUCUUUACAUUAUGUAAAGAUUUCUGAAAGAUGGAAGUCUGUUAUUCAAAGGAGAAUAGCUUUGGAGAUGGAAUUGGGUAAGGAUGCCAUAAAAUGUAAGGAGGUUGUGGAGCUUAUAGAGGUUGCUGGUUUGAUGAAGACUGUCACAAAAUAUGGUCCUUUCUAUGAAGGUCUAGUCAAAGAGUUUAUGGUAACCAUUCCUGAUGGGUGUGAUGAUGUGAAGAGUGAAGACUAUAAGAAGGUGUAUGUUAGAGGAAAUGUCGUGACAUUUUCUCCAACUGUAAUCAACAUGUUUCCGGUAAGGACUGAAGAACCUCAGGUUGAGCUAGAGGUUACAGAUGACCAACUGUGCAAGGAGAUAACUUCCAUGCAGGUGAAACACUGGCCAAACAAAUGUAAGUUGAUAGCUGGGAAGCUGAGUGUCAAGUAUGCAAUCCUUCAUAGGAUUGGGAUUGUCAACUGGAUGCCUAUAAAUCAUACUUCAACCAUCUCUACUGGGAUUGGGGAGUUUAUAUAUGCUAUUGGAACAAGAAGAGCUUUUGAUUUUGCGACGUACAUAUUUGAACAAGUUCUGAAGCAGUCAUUCUCAACUGCUGUGAAGAUGCCUAUCUACUUUCCCUCACUCAUAUAUGGGAUAAUCUUGAACCAACAUCCUGGAAUCUUACUGCCUAUUGAUAGUGUGAAGAAAAGGAAAUCUCCUUUGUCCCUUCAUUACAAACUGUUUACUGGAACACAUAUUCCAGAUAUUGUCAUGAUAUCUUCUCAGGUACCUGACCCUGCCACUUCCAAGGAUAGCGUUAUUACUCAGCUGAAGGAGACAUGCAAAGAAUUGGAUGACUCCAUCUGGUCUAGCACUUUUACAAAGAUAAAGCUUGAAAAAUUGAUCAAGGCUUUGAUGUAUGAAGAGGAAAAGGAAGUUGAACAUGUUGGUGAUGCCAAUGUUGGAAUUGAUGUAGAGGACUUUGCUGGUGGCAAUGAUGCUGAGAAUGAUGAAGAUAAAGAAGCUGAAGGAGAGGAGUAUACUAAUGCAGACUCAGAUAGUUAG